AUGUCGGCCAACAUGUUCUCCCGCAGGGCACUGCAGUUGACCUCCCGGCGACUGGCCGCAGCGAACCCCUCCACCUUGACCACGACUGGUCUGUCGAGAUUAUCCGCUCCGGCAGCCAUUGCGACACUGCAGAACGUUCAGUACAGACCAGCAACAACACAAUCCGUCUCCCAAGCCAGCGGCCAGGAAAUCCUUGCUAAUCAGCGCCUGCACCGCCCCGUCUCUCCGCACCUUGCGAUCUACCGCCCGCAGAUAACCUGGUACUUGAGUGCCUUGAACCGAAUCACGGGUGCCUCUCUGUCGGGAGCAAUCUACGUCUUCGGUGCCGCCUACCUCGUCGCCCCGCUGUUCGGCUGGCAUCUCGAAUCCGCCAGUCUGGCCGCCAGUUUUGCCGCGAUGCCCGUGAUCCUGAAGGUCGGAAUCAAAGCACUGAUAGCAUUCCCGUUUACAUUCCACGGUUUGAAUGGCAUUAGGCAUCUGGUGUGGGACACGGGUGCGGCGUUCACAAAUCAGCAGGUCAUAUGGACGGGAUGGACAGUCGUGGGACUGAGCGUGGUCUCUGCUUUGGGGUUGACUUUCCUAUGA